UUUUUCCUCACCCCUCCGCCACGGUUUCGCCUACGGGAGUCGUUUUUGAGCCAUGGACGAACAAAGUGUUGAGAGUAUUGCUGAAGUGUUCCGAUGUUUCAUCUGUAUGGAGAAGUUGCGUGAUGCGCGCCUGUGUCCACACUGCUCCAAGCUGUGUUGUUUCAGUUGCAUUCGGCGUUGGUUGACAGAACAGAGAGCUCAGUGCCCCCAUUGUCGAGCUCCACUCCAGCUUCGAGAACUCGUCAACUGUCGUUGGGCUGAGGAGGUGACCCAGCAGCUUGACACGCUUCAGCUGUGCAACCUGAACAAGCAUGAAGAAAGUGAAAAGGACAAGUGUGAAAAUCAUCAUGAAAAGCUCAGUGUAUUUUGUUGGACGUGUAAGAAAUGUAUCUGCCACCAGUGUGCUCUGUGGGGUGGAAUGCACGGAGGGCAUACGUUUAAGCCAUUGGCUGAAAUUUAUGAACAGCACGUCACAAAAGUGAACGAAGAGGUGGCAAAACUUCGCCGCAGACUCAUGGAAUUGAUCAGUUUGGUGCAAGAAGUGGAAAGGAAUGUUGAAGCAGUACGCAGCGCAAAAGAUGAGCGUGUUCGGGAAAUUAGGAAUGCGGUAGAGAUGAUGAUUGCUAGGUUAGACACUCAGCUGAAGAACAAACUUAUAACACUAAUGGGUCAGAAGACGUCACUCACCCAAGAAACAGAACUUCUGGAGUCUCUACUGCAAGAAGUAGAACAUCAGCUGCGAUCCUGCAGUAAAAGUGAACUGAUAUCAAAAAGCUCCGAGAUCUUGAUGAUGUUCCAGCAGGUCCACCGGAAGCCCAUGGCUUCCUUUGUCACUACUCCUGUCCCUCCAGACUUCACCAGCGAGUUAGUACCUGCAUACGAUUCGACUACCUUUGUCUUGGAGAAUUUCAGCACUUUACGUCAGCGGGCAGAUCCGGUUUACAGUCCCCCUCUUCAGGUUUCUGGGCUUUGCUGGAGACUAAAGGUUUAUCCGGAUGGAAAUGGAGUGGUGCGAGGCUACUAUUUAUCUGUAUUUCUCGAACUCUCUGCUGGAUUGCCAGAAACAUCCAAGUAUGAAUAUCGUGUAGAAAUGGUUCACCAGUCCACUAACGACCCUGCUAAAAAUAUCAUUCGAGAGUUUGCCUCUGAUUUUGAAGUUGGGGAGUGCUGGGGUUACAACCGGUUCUUUCGACUGGACUUGCUUGCUAAUGAAGGCUACUUGAACAGGCAGAAUGACACUGUCAUAUUGAGGUUCCAGGUACGUUCGCCUACCUUCUUCCAGAAAUGUCGGGAUCAGCACUGGUACAUUUCUCAGCUGGAAGCUGCCCAAACAAGCUAUGUCCAACAAAUAAAUAACCUCAAAGAGCGGCUUGCAAUCGAGCUUUCCCGUACCCAGAAGCCCCACGGCAUGUCUCCUCCGGAUACUCACCUCAGUCCGCAAAGUGACGAUAGUCUGGGUACAAGGCCAAAGAAGUCGGGACCAAACUCAGAAGUGCUUCUUGAGGCCGUGGCCAGCACAGUGUUGCCCCGGGAUGCGAAGGAGGAGGAAGAGGAGGAGAAAGUACAGUAUGAUGAUUUUAAUCACGAACUCUCGGAUGGAGAUCUCGAUGUUGACCUCGUUGGGGAGGAGGACGCGAACCACCUAGAUGGCAGCAGCUCCUCGGCUAGUUCAACAGCGACCAGCAACACAGAAGAAAACGAUAUAGAUGAAGAGACCAUGUCUGGAGAGAAUGAUGUGGAGUACAGUCACAACAUGGAGUUAGAGGAGGGAGAUCUUGUGGAGGAAGCAGCCUCUGCCGCGGCAGGUGCCUCAGGGGUGAGCCACGGCUUCCCCACCGUGAACAGUCGCAUGUCGAGGCGUGGAGGAAGUGCGCUGGGAUCUUCUGCCAGCAGCAGCUUGCUUGACAUAGACCCCUUGAUCUUAAUACAGUUGUUGGACCUGAAAGACAGAAAUGGGGUGGAAAACUUCUGGGGCCUACAGCCACGCCCUCCUGCUUCCCUCCUGCAGAACAGAGCGUCCUAUUCCCUAAAAGAGAGGGAUCAACGACGUCACCAGGCCAUGUGGCGGGUUCCACCAGACCUGAAGAUGCUGAAGAGGUUGAAAAGCCAGAUGGCUGAAGUCCGCAGCAAAAUGUCGGAUGUGAAGAACCAGCUGUCGGAGGUCCGAAGCAGCAACUCCACCACUUCCGAAGGACAGACGACUUACUCGUUCCCUAGUGACCAGGGAGCCUUGACGGCGUGUGGGGCAGAGAGCUACAGCAAGCUGCAAGAACUUGGGAGGGAGCUGCUGACGAAAUCCUCACUCUCUAGCUGCUACAUACGGAAUUCCACAAAUAAGAAAAGCCAUUCAACCAAAGCUGGUCGAACUGGGGCGGCAGGCAGCCUCUCUCUGCGCAGAGCAAUGGAUUGUGGGGACGGAAAUCUCCGCUUGAAGGCAGACUGUCAAAUUUCCUCUGAAGGUUGCCUAGGAAACCCAAAGCCCAGCAGCAGGCGCAGCGCUCCCAGGUCUUUGACUAAUGGUAACGUCUCCGAGCCCUUGUCUAAGCCCGAAGACAGAGAGUGCGAAAUCUCCGAUUCUGAUCUGGGUGCUGCUGGUUUAAAUGGUGUAACUCCGGUGGAAAAAGCCAGGAAAAUGGCGGUGGGGGGUUCCAAUUCAAAUCGAUGUCGUGUGGAAGCAAUGGAGCCGGCCAACUUGGAAGCCCAUGCAGAAGCGGGAGAACUGCCGGUGGUCCUCUCUGACGGAGCCUCAGCAGGCCCAGCAGAAGCUGGACUUUGCCAGAAGCAUGUCCUUCACCUCCUGCCCGGCAUGAGCAGCGACAGCGACAUCGAAUGUGAUACCGAAAACGAAGAGCAGGAGGAGGUGGAAGCUGCCAGCGCUACUCCCGAUGUCUUCAAUCAGGCUUUCCAGGCCCCGCCUUCAAGUGACGCCUUGGAUCUGUGCUCGGUUUUUCCCGAGGGUGACCAAAUAGGCACACAAGACCUCUCGUUUGCCACCGGAAAGGACAGCAUGAGGUAAAUGCCGAAGCGACUGCUCUUGCUGUACUGCUUUUAAUGUGACACGGUCUCAUUGUGGAGCAGCGUUCUUGAUAUGCUCAGUUGAACUUUUGUGAGGAUUUGGUAUCUGUGAACUGAGGCAAUGGCCGUUGAAACUGCCAUUCUGAUACUGGCAACUUGCUACCUGAGUGACUUUUAGUAACAUCUGGAGGCUUGCCGGCUUGCCUUGCUCUUCCUCAUCUGCCAAAAGCAGUUUGCGGAUGAGGGAGGGAGGGAGGGAGGAGUCAGUGGUGCGAAUUUGGGGUCAAAUAAUUGCCAUUGCCUCUCUUGAGGUCUCCUCUGUCUGUGAACUGGAGCCCUCACUACAUGCAGCAGGAGGAGGGCCUCAUAUUGAACCAUUGCAGUACAGAUUUGCUCCAAAUCAUCAAGGCCUAUUCAUGUUAUCGUUCCUGGAGAGAUCUGGCUGCAUCCAGAACUGUUUUGCUUAUUUCUCUUUUGUUGAUCUUUCUAGACUUGGGGUUUAU